AUGCCCGAGCAGGGUCCCAGGAUGAACGGCUUCUCUCUGGGUGAGCUGUGCUGGCUCUUCUGCUGCCCGCCCUGUCCCAGUCGCAUCGCCGCUAAGCUGGCCUUCCUCCCGCCGCAGCCCACCUACUCCAUGCACACAGACGCUGACGGAGCCACCACCCUGCACCUGACCGAGCGGGCGGACUGGCAGUACUCCCAGCGGGAGCUGGAUGCGGUGGAGGUGCUCAGCACCAGGAGCAGCCGAGGGAACCGUGUGUGCUGCAUGUUUGUGCGCUGCGCUCCCAACAGCCGCUACACGCUGCUCUUCUCCCACGGGAACGCAGUGGACCUGGGCCAGAUGUGCAGCUUUUAUAUCGGACUGGGCUCCAGGAUUAACUGUAACGUGUUUUCUUAUGACUAUUCGGGCUACGGAGCGAGUGGAGGCCGGCCGUCAGAGAAGAACCUGUACGCGGACAUCGAGGCCGCCUGGCAGGUGCUUCGGAACAAAUACGGCGUGGCUCCAGAGAACAUCAUCCUGUAUGGGCAGAGUAUUGGCACAGUGCCCACCGUCGACCUGGCGUCUCGGUACGAGUGUGCGGCCGUGAUCCUCCACUCCCCGCUCAUGUCCGGUCUCCGCGUGGCCUUCCCCGACACCCGCAAGACCUACUGCUUCGACGCCUUCCCCAGCAUCGACAAAGUGUCCAAGGUGGCCUCCCCGGUCCUGGUGAUCCACGGGACAGAGGACGAGGUUAUCGACUUCUCCCACGGCCUGGCCAUGUACGAGCGCUGCCCGCGAGCCGUGGAGCCGCUGUGGGUGGAGGGCGCGGGCCACAACGACAUAGAACUCUACAGUCAGUACCUGGAGCGGCUAAAGCAGUUCAUCUCCUUCGAGCUCGCCGCCUCCUGA